GUGGGAGGCCCCAUUAGCUAAAGUGGUACCUCAGGUUAAGAACGGACCUCCAGGACGAAUUAAGUUCUGAACCCGAGGUACCACUGUAUUCAGCUUUCCAUAGGGAGAAGAAUCUCCUCUUGGUAACCAGAUAUAUUGCUUGGCUAGAGGAAAUGCUGUUGAACCGUGGGACUAAGCCCCGUUGCCAGUCCUGAGAGAGAGAGAGAACAUGGCUGCCGUAAAGCGAGGUGAUCUUUUGGCUGCGGGACUGGAGUCCGAGGAGGCUCUUCGAGAGUCAACUGCCCUCAAAGCAGAGAGAAGGAGGACUGAAAGCGCUCGGGCUGGGUGUGGCAUGGAAACCUGCAGAAAAACAGCUCCGGAGAUCUUGAACCAGGAUGCUCCAAAUUCCGGUGCUGAGUUCAGGCAGUUCAGGUACCAAGAGGCCAUUGGUCCCCACGAGGUUUGCAGCCGGCUCCUGGACCUUUGCUGCCGGUGGCUGAGGCCCAAGAGACUCACCAAGGAAGAGAUGUUGGAGCUGGUGGUCCUGGAGCAGUUCCUGGCCGUCCUGCCCCCGGAGAUGCAGAGCUGGGUCAGGGAAGGCCGCCCAGGGAGCUGUGCCCAGGCCGUAGCCCUGGCGGAAGGUUUUCUACUGAAGCAGCAGGAGGACAGAAGGCAAACGGUCCAGGAGCCGUUGAUGGAGGUGGCCGGCCCUUUAUCUGGUGCAAAGAAGGUUCCGUCGGACGACUUUGACAGGCCGGGACGUGGGCCAAAACCAGCACAAUGA